GUCGAUGCUUCAUUCAGCUUGGAGACCAUCGAGGGACCCACACGCCCCUACACCCUCCAGCACUUUACCUCUAAAUCUCACAAACAAACAGCUUAAACGGUCACUCGUGCACGGUAAUCUGUGCCUGGAGCACACGCAAGUGAAAGAUAUCGAAGGACAUUUCUUGUGUGGGACAAAAGCCUGAGACAAAAUGACCAUGUUUUGGUUACAAGUGUGUGCUUCCAUAUGUUGCUUCACGUGUGUGUUUGCUCUUAAGAUCCCCAGUUCUGACUACUUCGACGACAGCAUCUACACAGAACUGAGGAACCUCCUGGAGGAUCGCGAGGCCUGGAAGGGCGGUGGUAGCGUGGGUCACCCACAAGAGGAGCGGGGCUGGUCGCCCAAGCUGGAGGUUGGGCAGGUGGCUGGUGUCUCCGUCGACCCCUUGGGUAGACCUGUCCUCUUCCACCGGGGCACGCGCACCUGGGACUACCUGUCGUUCAACGCGACGCACCAUUACCAGGAGGGAGGACCCCUGGAGGAAGAUGUAGUGGUUGUGCUGGAUCCAGACACUGGUGACGUCCUGCGCUCCUGGGGCCAUGGACGCUUCUUCCUACCUCAUGGUAUCACCGUCGACACCAAGGGCAAUACUUGGCUCACUGAUGUCGCCCUCCACCAGGUGUUCAAGUUCGCUGUUGAAGGCGAGGAGCCCGAGCUGAUGAUAGGUGAGGCUGGGGUGCCCGGCAGUGACGACCAACACUUGUGUAAACCCACCAGCGUCGCCGUCACCUCCUCGGGAGACUUCUUCGUGGCCGAUGGCUAUUGCAACGCCCGCGUCCUCCGCUUCGCUGCUGACGGAACACUCAAAGACCAAUUCGGACACCAGGGCAGCGACGGUAGCCCAGGAGCCUUGUACGUGCCCCAUGGGUUGGCGCUGGACGAGGCCCGCGACGCCCUCUGUGUGGCUGACCGCGAGAACCACCGCGUGGUGUGCCUCAGGGCGGGCCUUCGCGACCCACAGGAGUUCGGACAACCCAUCAUGACUCUUCAGGGCCCAAACCGUGGCAGGGUGUUCGACGUGGCUGCUCUCAAUGGCGUGCUGGUGGGCGUGGGGGGCAGCGAGACGGAAGGCGUGGCAACUGGCUUUACAGCUGACCUUGACACUGGCGAUCUACUCGACGCCUGGGCACCUGUCACGGGCUUCCACAACCCUCACGCCAUCGCCGUGAGUCCGGACGCCUCUGCCAUCUACGUGGCUGAGAUUGGACCUAACCGGGUGUGGAAGUUCGUCCCGGAGGCCCCAGUAGGAUUCUGAAGGGACCAGCAAGCACGUAAGGGCGACACUGGUAUGCCUGCCAGUGUCACCGGCAACACUACCAAAAUACGUCAGCACCACGGCUCUCAACGACCUUGACAACACUGUCAUCAUUUAAAAUCACACACACACACACACACACACACACACACACCUACUUAUUCAACUAUAACUCGAGCAAAACUUGAUAUCAGUAGUGAUGUCUUGUCCAUUACAUGAAGCCGUACCACUGACACUGUACUUCUUACUGAAGUACAGUGAUACAGAAGAUUCUGGCCAGCCUCACAGAGGACUUGGGCCUACCUCACAGAAUGCCUGGCCUGAGUCACGUAAGACCUGAUCCACCUCAUAGGAAACCUGACUGAUACCACAGAGAGCCUGGCCUACCUUGCAGAGGAUCUAGCCGACAUCACAGAGGACCUGGGACCUGGUCCACCUCAUAGGACCUGGUCCACCUCAGAGGACCUGGUCCACCUCAGAGGGCCUGGUCCACCUCAGAGGGCCUGGUCCACCUCACAACGGACAUGGACCACCACUCAGGAUGAAGAGAACGUAUUCCUUAAGGCCUUUCUUGACUGAAAUUCUUAAGAACAUAAGAAUGAGAAUAAGAGAAACUAAAGAUUUGUUCUUGUAUUAAAAACAAUCCACCAGUAAUACAUCUAUCAAGUUAUAUGGGAAUCUGUUCCAUAAAUCAACAACCCUCUUUUCCACACCAGUAUUUACCCAGCCGUUUAUGAAGCUUAAUCUUGAAGAAUUUGUUUACCCUUAUUAAUAUCCUAUAUGUUAUGGACUCAUUCACUAGGUCAUCUACAGCAGGUAUUAGACAGUUGACUUUGCUGGGUCCUCGGCCAUGUUGAUGUUAUUACUAAUGACCUCACAGUUGCUAAGGAGGCAACGAGUGUCUCCUGUCUCCCGAAAGCGGGUUCUUUACUCAAAUGUUUAGCCUGUCAUUCACGCAGUAGUUCGCAACCGUUGAAAUGAUCGUUGGUCGAAUGUUACGGCCAACUGCGCAGUAUUAUAAUAAUAUGCAAUAUAUUCGACUUGAUGUCAGUAGUAAUGUCCAUUCCUGCGCGCUAAUAGUAGAUGUGGCUUAUCCUUAUCACCUUCCUCCUCCCAUUGUAAUAUGAGGUGGAAAAUUACUCUGGCAAGGCUGUAUAUAAUUCUACUCUUAAGUCAUGGGGACUCACGUCAAUAUUCUGUGAACGAUGUUGUCCAACUUACAGUCGCACACUUCCUGUGAACGAUGUUGUCCAACUUACAGUCGCACACUUCCUGUGAACGAUGUUGUCCAACUUACAGUCGCACACUUCCUGUGAACGAUGUUGUCCAACUUACAGUCGCACACUUCCUGUGAACGAUGUUGUCCAACUUACAGUCGCACACUUACGCGUAGAAUGUCCUGAUUUUCAGGAAGAUUACAAAUCUUUCGCAGUGUCCCUCAGAGUCCUCAAUAAAAUCCUUGGUUGAAUCCCAGACUUCUGAUAUCGCUUGACUUCAAUCCUUUUGCUCUCGUAUCAGCAUCAUGAAUUAUAUCUAGGACUUUUUGGCCGUUCAGCGCCGCAACAGAUGCUCAGUAAUGUUCCAAGUUUGGUGCCAUUUUAUGAUAACCAUCUGGUGGUGUGUACACAGAACUGUACACAGGUGAGAAGUGGGGAAAAUAUAGCCAGGCUGCAGGUGAAAUCUGUGAAUAAGUUGUUAGUGAAACUUUGAUGAAUAUGAUGGUAGGAGGCGGGGGCAGGGUGAGCCACACCACUACACCAACACUGCUGCUAGUUAGUCGUGUCCUUCCAGUAGGAGCAGACACACUACACUGGCUGUGAAGGUGGAGUGGAGAUGAUGUAAGCCUGUAAGGUGUACUCUAAGACCAUUCUGUGUUCACACAAUAUAUAUUUAUAUUUCCAAAUAUUUCAAACAGUAUUGUAUGUGUGGCGUUGCAUUGUUGUGUUGAUCACUUCUACUAUAAUAGUUGAGACAUCCGUGUAUUGUCCAACACCCAACUUGUUCCAAAACGAUGGAAGUAAUUACAGUGUUUGGAAUACAAUCCCAUCACUAAACAUUGUACUUAUUCUCCAGUCUGACAAUGUACCUGGUAAUGAAGAAUGGUUAUAACCUAUUUAAAUAAAUUAUAAAUGUAUCAAAAA